AUGUCGAAAGCAAAAUACAUUGUUGAAGGAGGAUCCUCAAAUCGACCUCCAUUCUUUGAUGGAUCAGACUAUUAUUUUUGGAAAAACAAAAUGCAGUUGUUCUUAAAAUCUCAAGACACAGGAAUGUGGCGCAUCAUCACAGAUGGAGAUUUCACACAAAGGGUUGAUCAAGAUGACUCGAAUUCUGCUCUAAGAAAGGAAGCAGAUUGGACAGCAGAAGAUAAAGCUAAGGUACUUCUAAACUCUAAAGCUCAAUUAUUCUUAUCAUGUGCUUUAAGCAGGGAAGAAAGUGAAAGGGUAGAUGAAUGCACAACUGCAAAAGAAGUCUGGGAUACAUUGCAAACUCACCAUGAAGGAACAAGCCAUGUCAAAGAAACAAGGAUAGACAUUGGUAUAAGGAAAUUCGAAUUGUUCGAAAUGCAAGAAGGAGAAACCAUUGAUGAAAUGUACUCAAGAUUCACCACAAUAGUAAAUGAAAUGCGCUCUCUUGGCAAAGCCUAUACUGUGCAAGAAAGAGUAAGAAAAAUCAUGAGGUGUCUCCCAAUCAUUUGGAGACCAAUGGUGACAGCUAUAAGCCAAGCCAAGAACCUUGAGUCACUGCCUCUGGAAGAACUAAUUGGAACUCUAAGAGCUCAUGAGAUAGUAUUGCAAGAAGACAAACCAGUCAAGAAAGGAAAGGCAAUAGCACUGAAAGUCUCUCAAGAAAAAAUCACAGUUCCAGUUGAAGAGGAAUCAGAAGAGAAUGAACAAGGAGAUGCUGAUGAAAUCGCGCUUCUCACUAGAAGAAUUCAAAGAAUGAUGAGAAGAAGAGAUCAAAUCAAAAAGGGAUUUCAAAACAGAAAUCCUAAAACAGAGAUUGACAAGAGUCAAGUCACAUGCUUUGGAUGCAACAAAUUGGGACAUUACAAGGCAGAAUGUCCAUCAAACAAAAAUCCACCAAAACGAUUUCCCUUCAAAAAGAAAUCAAUGAUGGCAACAUGGGAUGAUUCAGAGGAAUCAGAAACAGAAGAAGAGGAAGAAGAAGCCAACAUAUGCUUGAUGGCAAAAACAGAGGAAGAUGAGGUAAUGAAUUCUGAACCAUGUCAUUUAUGUCAACAAAUGGGAAAUGAAUUUGAUAACUUGCUAAAUGACUCAAAUCUCCUUAUUCAAAAAUGUAGUUCUCUGAAAGAACAGUUUUAUAAAGAGAAAGAAGAGAAGGAAAGAAAUCAGACUGAAAAUAAUUUAUUAAAAAAGAUGAUUCAAGAAUUGAAAGAAACAAGAGUUUUUGAAAGCGAAGAAUGUCAAGAACAUUCUGCGCUACAAACGGAGAACGUUCAACUCAAAAAUGAAAACGAACUUCUCAAAACUGAUUUACUAAACUUCAUUAAAGCCAUUGAAACUUUUCAUAACAUCAUGGGAUCUCAAAUAGGAAUUUUUGAUAAAGCUGGUCUUGGUUUCAAUCAAACUCAAAAAACCAAACUUUAUGAAAACUUCUUUGUUGGUUUUCAAAAUACAAAGAGAAAGCCUUGGUUCUUGGACAAUGGCUGUUCAAGGCACAUGACAGGAGAUAGAAACUGUUUCAUAACCUUCAGCAAGAAGGAUGGUGGUUCGGUCACAUUUGGAAAUGAUGAUCAAGCUCAAAUUAAGGGAAAUGGAACAAUUGGUAAGACAAACUCUGCUCAAAUAAAUGAUGUCCAAUACGUGGAAGGAUUGAAACACAAUUUAUUAAGCAUAAGUCAGUUGUGCGACAAUGGAUGCGAAGUCAUUUUCAAACCAAAGGUAUGUGAAAUCAAGAAGGCCAAAACUGGAAAAAUUAUGUUCUCUGAGACAUUCAAUAGUGUCAUAAUUGGACCUAGAGGGAAACCCACAAUGACAAUGUUUGAAGACAUCAAAUUGUACUUAAUGGAAAGGUGGGCAAGAAAUAGAACUACAUUGGAAAGGUAUGCUGGUGAAAACAUAUUCGAAGUUAGUAACAUCACCCACAUAGGAGACAAGUUUGUGGUAUCACUGGAAAAGAAAGAAAGUUCAUGCAGGAAGUGGAUGCUUACUGAAAUUCCCUGCUGCCAUGCAGUUUGUUGCUGCAAUUUCAUCAAACAAGAUCCAGAAGAAUUGAUUCCAAUAUAUUAUAGGAGAGAGACAUAUGCGGCUUGUUACCGACCUAUUAUUUACCCAUCAAAUGGACAAAAUCAAUGGCCUCAAACUCCAUAUCCUGAUGUGUUACCACCACCAUCAAGAAGGCUUCCAGGAAGGCCCAAAAGGUCAAGGAACAAAGAUGACAAUGAAAAAAAAUAA